AUGGGGUGUGUCGACCUCCGCCUGCUGUACGAUAGCGACCCACGCCCGACCUUCAUCGUCGACUGCCAAGCGCCCGCGACGACCAUCUACCAUGUCAACGCCGCCCUGCUGGCCAUCCCCCACCUGGCCCUCGCCCUCGACGACCACAAUGCCCUGAGGGACUGGUGGGAUCCCGCCAGCCGCGCCGAGGCUCGCCUCCAGCACGAGUUUCGCCAUGGCAGGUACCGCUGGGCCAAGUUUGCCGCCUGCGCCCGCUGGCUCGUCGUCACCAUUGCCCACCACCCGCCGCCGCUGCUGGUCGAGCGCUCCAAGUCGCGCUCCGAGCCCCCGCGCCUCGCCCGCAUGGCCUCGCCGCUGUCGGCCGCCCCGCCAGACACCAUCUUCACCGUCAAGAUCCAGUCGCCCGAGCUGCGCGAGCAUGUCGACCGCAUCCGCAACGUCGACUGGGCCAAGACGUCGCUGGGCCCCCUGAGCACCUGGAGCUACCAGCUCAACGUGCUCGUCACUACCCUGAUGCUGGAAACCCGCCCAACCGCCCUCUUCCUCGGCCCAGAGCGUACCAUCUUGUACAAUCUCGCCUAUGGAGCCGUCAGCGGGUCGCGCCAUCCGGCCAUCCUAGGCCAGACUAUCCUUGAUGCAUGGCCUGAACUUGCCGACCCCGUGUCGGCUACCAUGGCACGCUCAGAGCACACGCGUUUUGCCGACGCCCCUGAAGAUGAGUACCACUUCAUGGUCGAACGUUACGGCUUCGUCGAAGAGUCCUUCUUCAUGUGGAGUCUGGUGCCGCUUGUCGGUGUUGGCGACAUUACCGGCCUGUACUCGAUUGUCACCGAGGUGACGAAGCAGAGGUUGCUCGAGCGCCGUGUUAGUGCAUUAUUGAGAGUUGGCCAGCUGACUAGCAAAGCGAGAACCAUGAAGGAUUUCUGGGCCUACGUUGCCCAGGCUCUUCAGCCAUUUGAGUACGAUUUCCCAGCCGCCGUUUUGUAUUCACGCUGCAUACCAGACGACCCGUUAGACGCUUCGGGUGCAGUGAAAGAAGUACCAAACACAUGCACCCUCGAAUGGUCCAUUGGAUACAGAUCCGACCACCCGCAUGUGCCUCAGCAUGUAGAACUAGACGGAGACAUUGGCCUAGCCCGCGCCUUGGUCGAUAGCGCAAGAGACGGACCCGCAGUACUGUGUAGGGAAGAAGAUGGCAUACUGCCAGUGUCGUUGUACACCGACCUCGAGAAGCGCGGUUUCGGAGACCCGCUGAAGGUAUUUCUUGUCCUUCCCAUCCGGACCUAUGACAACACUGUUGUGGGGUUCCUCCUCAUGGGCUUGAAUACUCGCCGACCUUACGAUGACGAAUACAAGGACUGGAUCGACGUCUUUGCCAAUCUACUGGGGGCCUCUGCUGCGUCCGUAGCGCUACAUGAAGAAGACACGCGGAAUCGUAAACGACAAGAAGAACAGGCCGCCAGAGACCGCGAAGCUCUCAAUGCCGAAGUUGCAACACUAGCGAAAGAGGCCAGUCAUGCUGCGGAAAAGCUUCGGAACUUGAAUGGAAUCGCGGAUCAGGUUGGCCUAGGCUACUUUGAGAUUGGCGUUGAUGGCAUGUUGGUUCAUGCAAAUGAUACAUACUUUGCUCAAACCGGGCACCGGAGAGAUUUUUCUUUUUGCCAACCUUUUGCUUUCAAGGACUGUGUUCAUCAAGACGACAUAGCCAUGGUCGAAAAUCAAUGGAAUAUCUUGCUGGGAGGCGAGCCAGCUACAUUCGAGGUACGGUGGAAGAGACCGCGGAUCCAAGCAGAAGACGGCCAAAAGAAGGACGACGAAUAUAUCUGGACUCUAUCAGCAUGUGUGCCCAUAAAAGGCACAAAUGGCAUGGUCACUAGCAUUUUCGGAUGCAACACUGAUAUUUCUGCGCAAAAAGAGGCCACCGAGGCUGUAAUCAUGCAAUCAGAGGCGGAGCGGCGUUUAGCCAGCUUCACUGAGUUGGCGCCUGUCGGGCUGUAUCAUCUUAAUCAGGAUCUUUCCAUGAGAUAUUGUAACGAUCAAUGGUUCCGCAUCACCGGCCAUCCCAAAGUGCCCAUGGACCAAGUGGAGUGGCGAAACAUUGUCGACGAAAAGCGCAUGGAGGCUUGCUAUCGCGAGGUCGAAACCACCAAAGACCAACGAACGUCACACACAUUUUCAACUCAUCUCAAGAAACAGUGGACUGGACCAGAUGGGGUUUCGACACCGACGUGGAUCUUGGUAACCGCCACUUCGUACAAUGAUGGCACCAUCAUGGGCACCAUGACGGAUAUUUCGCAGCUCAAAUGGGCCGAGGCGAUUCAGCAAAGUCGGGUCGAAGAAGCGCUCGAAUCGAAGAGGCAACAGGAAAACUUUAUUGACAUGACCAGCCAUGAGAUGCGCAACCCACUGAGUGCCAUGGUGCAAUGCGCGGAUUCCGUCACAGGGUCAUUGGGCGAGAUGAAGGCCCUUAUACGUACCGGGGCCAUUACUGCGCAGCCCGACCAGGAGAUGCAGCUGCAAGAACUAAUUGACAAUAGUCUGGAUGCCAUUGACACGAUCCAGGCAUGCGCCACGCAUCAAAAACGCAUCGUAGACGACAUUCUUACUCUUUCAAAGCUCGACUCGAAGCUGUUGGUCAUUAGCCCCAUGGUGCUACAGCCUGCAGUGCUUCUGCAAGACGCAUACAAGAUGUUCAAGGACGAAGCCAACAAAGUCCGCGUAGAGCUCGAAAUGCGGUGUGACGCUUCGAUCGAGGAGCUGGAGAUUGACUGGGCAGUACUGGAUCCGAGUCGUGUGUUGCAGAUUCUCAUCAAUCUCUUAACCAACGCCAUCAAGUUUACCCAAGGCCAAGAGGUACGCAAGGUUGAGGUGGUCAUGGGUGCAUCUCGUGAAGCCCAGAGGAUGCAGGGUAUCGAGUACGUGCCACAAGAGACAUUGCGGCGGGACUUUCUCGCGCGGCCUGAGCCGGAUCACGCGGGCGAGGUGUUUUAUCUCAACUUUACCGUCAAAGAUACCGGGUGUGGGCUAUCGCCUGAGCACAAGGAAAAGCUUUUUCUUCGUUUCUCGCAAGCCACGCCAAAGACACAUGUCCAGUACGGCGGCUCAGGCCUUGGGCUCUUCAUCUCGCGUGAACUGACGGAACUGCAAGGCGGCAGCAUUGGGGUGGCAUCGGAUCAGGAUGUUGGAUCCACGUUUUCCUUUUACAUCAAAUCACGGCGCGCGAGACCACCUGCAAACGCACACAGGACAACAAAUAGCAGCACUGAUGUUAAUGGCGCACUAGCGACGCGUUCCAAAGCUGACAUUAUCGAGAGCAAGAACGACAAGCCGGAGGCUGCGUUGAGCGCCAUGGCGCUGCCGCCUGACGGGGAAGAGGUGGGGGCAGCAGAGAAACAACAUUACAACAUCCUCAUUGUAGAAGACAACCUGAUCAACCAGCGUGUCCUGUCUAGCCAACUUAAGAAGCUCGGACACACGAUUCACGUUGCGAACCACGGCGUCGAGGCGCUCUCUCAUCUAUCGCAAACGUGCUUUUCGCCUACGCCGUGCACUUCGCCGCCGGUGCCGCUCAGCGUCGUCCUCAUGGAUGUCGAGAUGCCCGUCAUGGAUGGACUGACGUGCACACGGAAAAUUCGAGAGAUGGAGGCACAGGGACAACUGAGGGGGCACGUGCCGAUUAUUGCCGUGAGCGCAAACGCAAGAAGAGAACAGGUGGAAAUGGCCAAGAGGGCGGGCGUGGAUGAGGCGAUCUGCAAGCCCUUCCGGAUUCCGGAACUGACGGCGUUGAUUAGAGGGCUGGGUAUCAAGACUUGACGUUCUUGUGUGCAGGACAAAGGAACACGACGCGCAGGCGCAGGCGGGCCGCAAAGGCCUCUUCGUUCAUGUAUGGAUAUUUGUAGAUGUCUUGGUGUGUGGAUAGAGAAUGGAUGUAAUCA